GGAAAUUCCAGAUCUGACAAUGUAGCCCUACAAUUGUUUCUAACUCGACCACGUGUUCGCUCCUCUUAGAACUCUACUCAGGUAGAUGCAGUAAGGAGAGAUGUAGUAUGAUUCAACCUGACCGACACGGCCUGGCUUAGGGUUUACUCGCACCUAACUUCGAUUGAAGAACUUCAGCUCCCACCUAUCCGUGACAGAUUGUUGAGCUCCAGUGCUCAAGCCCGGAGUUGUCUUCAGUCUAUCUAGAAAUUACUACUUGGUAUUUAAAUAUCUACCUUGUAUAUAUGAUCGUUCUUAGGUUAUUAUUCCUGCCAUGGUUCGCAUAACGACAUAACUGCUAUAGAAACCGCGUGAUCUAAGUCAUCAAUUAAGUAUAUGAGAUGGCCGAUGCAACCGAUGUGGCGUCUGCUAUUGUGGGAGCUCUCAGCCUAACUAUACAAGUGGCUCAACUCACUCAGGACUAUAUCUCGAGAGUAUCAAGUCUGCCCAACAAUCUAAGUCUGUACCUUGCGGAGCUCGUGUCUCUUAAAGCGCUGCUUUCGGAGAUCCAAGAUUCAUUGCUGGUCCAAUCCUUUACACCAAGCUAUAUUACUUCCGCACACGUUUCUUUGUCUGCAGAACUCGUGCUUAUUCGUGCUGAGUUGGAGGAUCUAGAUCACAAACUUCGAGAUGCACAGCUUUGGAAGGCUUCAUUUAUGGCCAGGAAGCUCCUCUGGCCGUUCAGUGAGGACGAGACCCUUCACUGGGCUAGUCGUCUCGGUCUCUGCAAAGAGCGAGUCCAAGCAAUGGCACUUAUAACGGGACUACGGCUCCAGCUAUCAACCUUGAGCGAAAUCAGGGAGCUGAAGAAGAAGACUGAAGCAGCUGAACAAGCUCGUGAAAAGCAGCUGAUUCUGGACUGGAUAUCCACGGAUGAUUGGCGGCGAAGACAUGCGGACCUUACCUCAACACAUCAUCCUAACACAGGACAGUGGAUAUUCGAUACAAGUGAAUUCCAAGACUGGAUGAGCAACAACUCGCAAGUUCUAUGGUGUUAUGGUGCCCCGGGUGUCGGCAAAACUCAACUCAUGGCAUUGAUUGUUGACCAUCUGGGCAAGAUUGGAAGCAAAGUGUCUUACUUUUACUGCGACUAUCGUACUUCUGGUCAUAAGAGCAUCGCCACCGAAAUCGCCGCAGCGAUCCUACGACAACUUAUAGCGGCCGCAAGAAGCUCAAGCUAGACGACAUCACCACCUUAGUCAGGCAUAUCUACUCGAAACAACCCGACUAUUUUGUUAUCAUAGACGCCCUUGAUGAAUGCCACUCCCAGAAAAAGCAGGUCUUACAAGUCCUGAGAAAGAUUGCCG